GAAAACGUUUGCGUUAGUUGUCCUCCGCGGAUUUGUUGACACGGAACAGCUGAUCGUGACUCGAAUAGCAGACGAGAUGCCUUUACGCUGCAUGUAUGGACACCUGAGAGUAAACAAUGCCUCCCAGGACUUAUCGAAGUUAAUGAAAAUCAAAAUGGAAAGCAUUCAAAUUGAUCCGAGGGAAGAUCCUGGUAUACAAAAGGAAAUAGAAGACCCGCUUUCAAAACACCUACUAAACAAAACAGAAUAAUUUUCAAACUUGCCGCCAAACCAAGAAGCCGACCAUCACCACACAGAACCACAACAAACAUCAACAACAGCAGAGGACACCGAAACGCAAGAAUUCAUAGCUGUUACAAGAUGUUACAGAUGCAGCGUAUGAUUUUGCAGAUACAUAGACUGGCUUGAAGACCUGUUAUUGUAAUUGUGUUAGUUCAUAUAUCAUCAUGGAUGACUCAACUUUGGAGACAGAAGGAUAUGACAACACUAAUGAAUUCAUAUCUGUUAAAGAGGAGAUAAUCGAAGAUGUCAGUGUGGAAAAUUGUCAGGAAAUAAAAAAAGAAGUUAUCAGUUAUGAAGGUGAAGAAAAUGCCAUCUUUAUAAAGGCUGAAAAUAAGACAAGUACGAGUGAGUGUCCCGAAAUUGCUGAUGUGGAAGCAAAUAAGAGUGAGGAAAAUGCCAUCUUUAUAAAAGUUGAAAAUAAAAUAGAUAAAAGUGAGUGUCCUGGAAAUGCUGAUGUGGAAGUGAAUAAGAGUGAAGAAAAUGCCAUCUUUAUAAAAGCUGAAAAUAAGACAAGUACAAGUGAGUGUCGCGAAAUUGCUGACGUGGAGGCAAAUAAGAAUAGCUCAGAUGUUCUGAUGUGUGAUUAUGAAGAUCCAUUAAAAAUAAUGCCAUUUGUGGUUAAAGAUUGCGGGAAUGUAAACUCUUCAGAAGGUGGUCAAGAGGCAUCUCAGAAUUUUAAGGAAAAAGUAACACACUUAACUCUCGAUAAAAAGGGAAAGAGUUUUGUCUGUGAAGUAUGUUGCAAAACUUUUUUAUAUAAUGGUCAUCUCUUACUUCACAUGAGUGUGCAUACAAAGAAACACAGCUGUGAAGUUUGUUGCCGAACUUUCGCAAAGAAGAGUCACCAAGUUGCACACAUGCGAGUACACACCAAAGAGAAGCCUAAUAAAUGUAAGAUAUGUUCCAAAGCAUUCUCUCAUAAACAUCAUCUUAAACAGCACAUGAGGAUACAUACAAAGGAAAAGCCUUACAGCUGUGAGGAAUGUGACAAAAAAUUCUCAAAAAGAGAUGCUGUAGUAGUGCAUAUGAGAAUACAUACAAAGGAGAAGCCUUAUACAUGUGAGGUUUGUUGCAAAGCUUUCACACAGAAACAUCAUCUAGCAAAGCACAUGAGAAUGCAUACAAAAUAUGAACGGAAAUUAUAUUGUAUUAUUUUGGUUAUGAACACUGAUCUCGUGGUUCCAGGGGACAGGAAACUCGACCUUGAGGCUACAUUCUUAUGCAAUAGAUGGCGACAUAGUCCUAGCACUAUGCGCAAAACCCUCCGAGGAGACUGGGCCAGCACCCCACUACUGUUCAUGGUAUACCCUGUUUAUCCUGAUUAUACUACAAUCUUCUCAGUAUGCAAUGCUGACUAUGUCAAGACGGCUACAAAAUCGGCACUCGGGGCUGGCCCGACUCUGCCCAUGCGCCGGCCGCAGCCUGCUGCUGUGUCAGAGCGUGAGCCCCAAUUCAGUGUCACACUGACGGGACACCCAGCAAUGUUUAUUUUUUCGGGUGUCUCAUGUAGACAGAUCAUGGAUCCCCAAAUCAACAGAACACACCAGAAACACAAGGUAUCCUGGGUGGCUGUGUCCUCUGCAACCCCCAAAGGGGUGCUUCUGCCACCAAACCCUGCCCAGAAAAACAAAGAAUCUUCCAAAAAUUCAUGGCAGAAAAGAGCGUCUGACAGAUUUGGCUGUGAAUACAUGGAGGAUUCUUUGGUUAUCUGGGAGAGGUCAUGUCUCAAUACUUGUACCAGAACUGUUUCUGUCUCCCUGACUGAUUGUCUUGUAUACGACAAGAACUGGUUAGACUGUAAAAACAACCUACUUGCUUGCCUUGUCAAUUAUGAUAGUGGUAAAAGAAUGCUUCAUGAUUGCACCCAAUUUUGCGAAGAUUACAUUCCUGCCCUAUCCGACCAUAUUGACCUCUUCCUUGUCUGUGUCAGAAAUGAGCUGCCCUGCCUAUACAUAGACUGGCUUGAAGACUUACCAAGUGUUACUUCAUGUAUCAUCAUGGAUGACAUGAUAGAAUUCAUUUCUAUUAAGGAAGAGAGAAUUGAAGAUGUCAGUGAGGAAAAUUGUCAGGAGAUAAAAAAAGAAUUUAUCAAUUGUGAAGGUGAAGAAAAUGCCGUCUUUAUAAAAACUGAAAAUAAAAUAAGUACAAGCGAGUGUCCUGAAAAUGCUGAUGUGCAAGCAAAUAAAAGUGACUCAGAUGUUCUGAUGUGUGAUUAUGAAGAUCCAUUAAAAAUAGUGCCAUUAAAAGAUUGCGGGAAUGUAACCUCUUCAGAAGGUGGUCAAGAGGCACCUCAGAAUUUUAAGGAAAAAGUUACACAUUUAACAGUCGAUAAAAAGGGAAAGAUAUUUGUCUGUGAAGUAUGUUGCAAAACUUUUUCAUAUAAUGGUCAUCUCCUAAUUCACAUGAGAGUACACACAAAGGAGAAACCUUACAGCUGUGAAGUUUGUAGCAAAGCAUUCUCAAAGAAGAGUCACCAGGUUGCACACAUGCGAGUGCACACCAAAGAAAAGCCUUAUGAAUGUAAGGUAUGUUCCAAAGCAUUCUCUCAUAAACAUCAUCUUGAGCAGCACAUGAGAGUGCAUACAAAAGAAAAGCCCUAUAGCUGCGAGGAAUGCAGCAAAAAAUUCUCACAGAGAGAUGCUCUAGUAGUGCAUAGGAGAGUACACACAAAGGAAAAGCCUUAUACAUGUGAGGUGUGUUGCAAAGCUUUCUCACAAAAACAGCAUCUAGAAAAGCACAUGAGAAUACAUAUGUUAAGCAACAGGAAACAGCAACAGUUGUCUGUGCAAUUGCAGAAAUAUUCAAUAACCUCACGAAAUAUGUCCCACAAUUUUAGAUUUCCCACUCUGAGAAGUGGCCAGAUUUCUGUACCAUUUUUAAAUACAGUUUUCAAUUCAAAUAUAACAUUCGUAUUCUUUGUUGGAAGGGACUUGAACCCUCACUUUGCAGACAGGUUAAUACAGAUACGAUGUGGUGAGCCAGACUACCAAGUAGCAGAAGUGCAGUUAAAUUUGAAAAGGUUUGCUGUUUAUAUGAGAACAAAUGGAAAGGAUCAUCCAGGGAAUAAAGACUUAUCAAGCAAUUACGGAAUGACCCAAGCCAUAUCUUGCAAACUGGAGGCAUAUUGUGUGUUAAUACUACAAAUGUAUAUUAAAGUUGUCCAGAAAGAACUAAAAAAGGUGUUUUGUACUACAGAAAGAAUCUGCCACAUAUGUAUGGCAGGACAGAGCACAGAACAGACUCAGCAUCAGGUACUCCUGCAUGUUGGUUGUAUACUCUAUCCUGCCGUGAAUACAUGGAGGUUUGUCUUCCAGGGCAGGGAAUUUGAACACAAUGUGAUUGGAUGGGAAUUUGUACAUCUUAAAAUGCUCAUGCUAUUCAGUGCUUUGAAUAUUGUCAUCUCUGGAAAGACUGCUCCAAACAUGAACAGUUUGCAUUUAGAUACAAAAAUGCAUGAGGAUACGGUUGAAUUUGUUUCUGUUGAAGAAAAAAAUAUUGAAGGUGUCUUUAAGGGAAAUGAUAAAAAGAUAAAAGUAGAAAUUAUUGAUCAAGUGUAUGAAGAAGAUAUCACCUUUAUAAAAACUGAAGAUGAUGUAAAUGCAAACGAAUGUUCAGUCUUCAAAGAAACUGAAACUGUUCACAUGGAAACGAUUGAAAAUGACACAAAUAUCUCAGGGAAUAAAUGUGAAGAUCCAUUAAAAGUGUCAGAGGUGGAAAAUCGUGAAGAAACAUUCUCGUCGGAUGGUGAUCAGGUAACACACAAGGAAACUGAGAAGAAUGGUUCACUCCAAGUUGACAGGAAAGGGAAACGUUUUAUGUGUGUGUUGUGUUGCAAGAAGUACACUUACAGAUAUGAAUUAUUGAAACAUGCAAGAGUUCAUACAAAGGAGAGGCCUUAUAGCUGUGAUAUAUGUAGUAAUGCAUUUGCGGAGAAAAGAACUCUGAUGCGUCACAUGUUGGUACACACAAAGGAGAAGCCUUUUAACUGUGAGAUUUGUGAUAAACCAUUCUCCCGCAAAAGUGAAAUAAAGUUACAUAUGAGAGUGCAUACAAAGGAGAAGCCUUAUUCCUGUGAAAUAUGUGGCAAGAUGUUCACUAUGAAAGGAAACCUUGGAAUACAUAUGAGAAUACAUACAGGGGAGAAGCCCUAUAGCUGUGAGCGAUGUAAUAGGGCAUUUUGUCGCAAAAGCGAUCUAAUUGUACACAUAAGAACACACACAAAAGAAAAGCCUUACACUUGUGAAGUGUGUAGUAAGACUUUCUCAGAGAAAGGUCAUCUAAAGAGUCACAUGAGGGUGCAUACAAAGGAGAAACCUUAUAAGUGUGAGGUUUGCUAUAAAGCAUUUUCUCAAAAACACCAUGUAGAUAAACACAUGGGAGUACAUACUAAAUUGAAGCCAAAUAUCAGCAAGUUUCAGCUAUCUGACAGAGAAAAUAUCACAGAAGAAUUGCUCUAAAUUGUUUUAAAUAGAGAUAUAUCAUUUUAGUUUUCACAUUAUCACUGAGUCUAGAAGGCCCUAUUGCAAGCUUUUUCAUGCAUUGUUUAGUGUCUCCCAUUUUAUAUUGCAUGCAGUGUCUCACAUUAUCAUUGUACUGUAGUAUCCCAAGAGGACCAGCUUUAUGAUCCCUCUGCCUUCUCUGUUCUCCAUUCCAGUUUUCAUCAUUAUUCAUAAAUAGACAUUAUAUCUACCUUCAUUGUUUAAGUCAUUUUUUUUGUGUGUUAAUCUAAUUGCCAUUAAUUUACCCCUUCCUUAUUGGUAUUCGUUGCUUGCCUUUACUUGUUUAUUAUAUAUGAUGUUAUCAUCUAUUAAUUAUUAAUGAUUCAACCUCUCCACUUUUAUUUGUAAUGUUGAGUUGCUAAAGAUAAAAGUAGAUAUGAUUUUGUGCCCCAAAAUGGUACUUCUGUGCAAGACACCUAAAUGAAGUAUCUGGGUCUUCAUGUAGAGUUCCUAAAAAAAUCUAUCAGCAUGACUGCUCAAAUUCAAACAGAACUAACAGGUACUAUAUUACAGUAGGGAUGGUAUUCCAGGUAGGAAGUUGCUCCUUAUUCUUUUACUGCUGUGAAAUACAAGAUCCGAUAUACAAAAUUUUAGUUUGUGCAAUUUUUGAAUUAGGAUGUGUGAACUUAUAUGCACAGGCAUUUGCUGUGCAAUUUCAAGCAGUUAUUAAAAAUGUGAAAAUCUGAAAACUCUACAAUAUAAAUGGGAGGGCUUAAUAAAUUUCUGUGUAUACAUGAAAAUGAUUUAAAUCUGACAAUAUAAUUUCACAACUUAAUUUUUAAAAUUGCAAUAAGGCCUCUAUUUUGACACUCCACAAAGAUCAUCUGAA